UAUCUUUUUAAUUUCUAAAUAUUUUAAAAAACGAAUCCACACAAAAUAAUUUUAAGAUAUCAAGAAGAAAUGGUUUUGAAAUUCAAGUUGACCGAGAAACCUAUUUAGGAGUUUCUAAUUUUUUUAGAAAAACGGUACCAGAAUUUCUUAAAAUCGUUUCUUAAAAAAACUAAUUAAAACACCUGUACGAAGGAAACUUAGCAGCUGAAUACUGUUUUAAUUAUCAAUUGUUCCUGUUUCAACUCGAAGCUUUCAAGCCAUUUGUGGUUGCGAACUCUCGGCGUCAUUGAAGACCACAGGGGACUGAGCUUGACCUGAUUAGGCUUGUUGCCAUAGGGAUGACCAUCCACCAAGCCUUUGAAUCGUUGUUUACAGGUUUGAGGCGUGAUUGUGUCUCCAACAACAGUUAACUUGCCGCACGACACAACAUAACAGACAGUGAAAAUUAUUGUGAAAGGUGGUUCGGAACUUCUUCGCCACAAAUAAAGAUGACCAAUACCAACGACAGGGAGGUGAUAUCGUCCAAAAUAAGCAAUGGAAAAAAGGACAACUUUUCAAGCCAAAGAGUGUCUGGACAAGACUGGUUUUAUCAUGCACCAAGAACCAACAAAGAUAAAAGUACAAAGUCAUCACAAGCAAUACCAGUCUCCCAAAUUCCAGGAAUUGGGGAUUUAGACAACUCGCCACUAGACUUGGGUGAAAAUAUACAUCUUAGAAGAAAGUGGAUAAGAGAGACUGAUUCAAAGUAUGUUAAACUUGCCAAACAAGGAGGCAGAAAAGAUAUUUUCAUAUACAGAGAACACAAGCCUUCAUCAAAAGGUGCUGUUCACUAUCCAAGGGUGGAUUGGUUUGACCAUGAAAAUCAAAGUAUUGCUCAUGAUCAAAACUCUACAGAAGUUGAAAUUCCCACAACAUAUAAGUCUGCUUAUCCAGAAUGGUAUAUCCAUGAACUGAAUGAGCAAAACCAAAGAACUCAAGAACAAAAUACUUCAAUAAAGAAAAAGCAACAGAUCUUGGCUUUUGAUGAUAUGUCAUAUUGGAAAAGAGAAGCAGUGGAGCAGCAAGAAAGAAAAGUCAAGUCAACACCUUUGAAACUUCCAUCUCUGGUUAAAAACAAGCAUUCACAUACAGGCAUGAAGAAUGGAUCAAACAUUGGAUCAAAUUUUGAACAACCUUAUGAAACAAAGUUCCCUGUCAUAAGCCCUAAGAAAAAAGAAGAAGGAAGUAUUGGACAGUUACUUAGCAUGCAGUAUCAACGAGACUGGCUUGCAGAACAAGACGAGAGAAAGAAAAUGUCUGAGGGGAGAAAGCGUCCACACUUUCGGAAGCUGGGAACUCUAAUCCGAAUCUUGUGGGGGUUCAAUUCAGUCAUAAACAAAAGAACUGUUGUCAAUAUUUUCAUAUACAGAGAACAUAAGCCUUCAUCAAAAGGUGCUGUUCACUAUCCAAGGGUGGAUUGGUUUGACCAUGAAAAUCAAAGUAUUGCUCAUGAUCAAAACUCUACAGAAGUUGAAAUUCCCACAACAUAUAAGUCUGCUUAUCCAGAAUGGUAUAUCCAUGAACUGAAUGAACAAAACCAAAGAACUCAAGAACAAAAUACUUCAAUAAAGAAAAAGCAACAGAUCUUGGCUUUUGAUGAUAUGUCAUAUUGGAAAAGAGAAGCAGUGGAGCAGCAAGAAAGAAAAGUCAAGUCAACACCAUUGAAACUUCCAUCUCUGGUUAAAAACAAGCAUUCACAUACAGGCAUGAAGAAUGGAUCAAACAUGGCAUCAAAUUUUGAACAACCUUAUGAAACAAAGUUCCCUGUCAUAAGCCCUAAGAAAAAAGAAGAAGGAAGUAUUGGACAGUUACUUAGCAUGCAGUACCAACGAGACUGGCUUGCAGAACAAGACGAGAGAAAGAAAAUGUCUGAGGGGAGAAAGUUUGAAAUGUCUGAGAAAGAGAAGGAAAAAAGCCAGAGGGAUCAAAAGUACAUCAAGAAGAUGCAAGACAGAAACAGUCAAGAAGAGAGACACCUGUUCAAACUGAGUCGCUUCGCGAAUGUGCCCGCAAAGACAGACAGCCACCGAACUUAAUUACAAAGUACGAAUUUAUUGUAAUUGUUAUAAAUUAUAUACACAUGUUUAUAUAAAUAUAGUUUUCUAUGGUUUUAUUCGAUUUGCAAUGAAGCUAGACGUUUA